AUGAAACUGUCCAAGCAUGCCGACUGCAUGCAGAUACGGGCCUUGUUGCGAAAGGAUUACCUCGUCCGGAUACGUCAACCGUGGAUGACCUUUAUUCAGUACCUGUGGCCAUGCCUGAUAUUCACCGCCCUGUACGUCCUGCGGGGCCGCUUCCAGUCGGUCGAGAUAGGCGAGUGUCAGUUCCCGACGCGCAACCUGCAAGCCAAUGGCAUCCUGCCCUUCUUCCAGUCGUACAUUUGCACCUUCGAGAACGAGUGUGCGGACGCGAAAAAGUUUGCCGAGACGGAAAGCUUCGACCAGGCCCCGGUCACACCGGUGGUCAACAUCGUGCAGACCUUCCUCGAUCACGAUGCCCUGUACGAUGCCGUCAUCCAGCUGCCGAUCGAUCGGAACUUUAUCGUGAGCGUAACGACGAUCGUGACCCACGCUAAGUUUAAGGAGAUUGAGCGCAAUGGCGAUCGGUUGGUCAAGAUGUUGCCGGAAAUCCGAAAGAAGGUAGGCGACGGUUUCAACAUCGAGCAGCUGUUUUCGGACGACCGGACGUUCUCGGCCUCGGGCAACAUUCUUUGCGGGCGACCGUUUCCGCGGAGCGACAACAUUCGCUUCAUCGACAACAUCCUGUACACGCCAGACUACGCCGGUCCGGAUAGGGAUGAGCUGAGCGUAAUGCCAACACCGUACUGCAAGCAGCUGUACCUCGACGUGACGAACACGAACAACGGCAAGAUCACCUGGCGGUUUCUGAAGCCGAUUCUGCAGGGCAAGAUACUGUACGGGCCAGCGAACGAGCGAAACGACGAAAUUGUGAAGUUUGCCAACAAGACGUUCGUGGACAUGGGUCGGCUGAGGACGUUCUUCCGUUCGCUCGACACCACCCUGCAGCUACUACGCACCGAGCAGGAAGUGCGCGAAAGUUUCGAAGGCCUAAUCGAGCUGGCCAAGAGUCCCGUGGUGCAGAUGCUUACCGGCGGCAAUGUCAACAUCGAGUUGAUCGAGGGCAUCCUGGAUGGUAUCCUGCACGACGAGAGUGUCGCGAACGGCAUCAAGACGAUUGCCAACAUUUUCGAUUGCUUCUCGGCGGACCGGUUCAUUCCGGUGCCGGACGAGCGCGCCCUGGAGGACCGGGCGUUCGAGUUGAACCGGGAGAAGCUGUUCUUUGCGGCGGUAUACUUCGAGAACGGCACGGCGGCGUCACCGAACGAGAUUGCCUACAAGAUCCGCAUGCGCACGGACGAUACGCCGGUGACGGUGGAAAACCGAAAUCGGUUCUGGUUUCCCGGACCGGAGGCCAGUUUCGAGCUGGAUAUGCGCUACCAUCGAGGCUUUGUCCAGAUUCAGCACGCGGUCGAUAUGGGUAUCAUCCGCCAGCAGAAGAAGGCCAAAUUCAACCACGAGCAAGGCUUGGCCGGUGGCAAGGGUUCUGCUUCCGGCACGGGCGAACUGGAGCUAGACGAUGAGCUAGACGGUGAUGACGAUGAUGACACCGGUGACGGUGAGAAACAAACAGAGGACCCACUGGCGUCAGGUGAAGAUGACCGAGAUGAUACGCCUACAACACCCGGCUCUGUUGGGCCGGGCUCCGAAACAACGACGGAAAGCCUAUCGCAACUCUACGCCGACCUGAGCAAACGGGUGAACGUGUCGCAGGUGGUCCUGGAUCGUUUCGGUAAAGGCAACAAUCGGAGCGCCCUGGACGACUAUCUGGACUUUGCGGACGACGAAACGGGAACCGAAGCCGACGACCUCGCGGCGGCAACAACCGCGGCUCCGGCAACGAGAUCGAGAAGACGCAAACGUCAACUUUCUCUGUUCGACUUUUUCCUGGGCGGGAAGAAAAAAUCCGCCGACGAAGUGACGUACCGUGUGGCGGACGAAAAGUUCUACACCAAGCAGUUCCCCUAUCCAAAGUACACCAAAGACGACUUCAAAAAGGGCCUCUAUUUGGCCCAGUCCAUCCAGAUGACCUACUUCAUAGCGCUGAUCGUACACGUCGCGUCGGCCGUCCGACAGCGGAUAUGGAUGAAGGAGAGUGGCAACUCGAUGCUGAUGCGCUCGAUGGGCCUCAAAUCGGGCUCGGAAACGGUUGCGUGGAUCAUUGCCACCUUCAUCGAGAUCAGCCUAGUGUUUCUGAUCGGCCUAGCAAUCCUGUACGGUGGUGGCAUCCUUGUGCACUCGAGCAAAGUCUUCCUCUUCUGCUACCUAGUCGUGUUCGGUGUUUGCAUGAUUGCGUUUUGCUACAUGUGCUCGGUGUUUUUCAGCUCGGCCAGCAUCGGCUCGGUGUCGAGCGUCAUACUCUUCCUGAUAACCUUCCUUCCGUACAUUAUUAUCAUUUCGCUCGGGGCCACCCUGUCGGCCGCCGGUAAGUUGGUGGCGAAUCUGUCCUUCUCGACCGCCUUCUGCUACGCGUGGAGGCACGUGAUGCGCAUGGAGCUACAGCACCGCGGAGCCAACUUCGUGACUGCCUUCCAGGGUUCUCUGGCGGACAACGAUCUCAAGUACGGCAUCCUGAUGAUCCUGCUUGAUGCAGCCAUCUACUUCACCGUCGGUUACUUGUUCCAGCGGUUUAGGCAAGAUGAUACCACAUUCCACACGGUGAAGCGUAUUAAGCUAGACAAAAGCAUCGGAGCAGAUCUGCGGAAUGUCGAUGUGACGUACGAAACGGGCGGAAAGAAGGUGUUGAGCGAUGUUUCUAUCACAUUCCGGCGCGAUGAAGUCACGUGCCUGCUGGGAAGGAACGGUGCUGGCAAAAGUACAAUCAUAAAACUGCUUACGGGCCAGGUUCUACCAGACGUGGGUGAUGUCCAUCUGCCACUGGAUUACGAUUUCAUCUCCGGUAUACGCAACAACGCGGAAAAGAUUGGCCUUUGCCCGCAGAACGAUGUGCUCAUACCGAACCUCACCGCCAAGGAGCACCUACAGUUGUACGCACGGAUCAAGCUUACCCGCGGCUUCGACACGGAAGUGGCGCGCACCCUGGACAACCUGAAGAUGGGACCCUACCAGCACUACCGUGCGUCGGAUCUUUCCGGCGGGUUCAAGCGAAGGCUCUGCAUCGCGAUCGCGUUUCUUGGAUCACCCAAUCUGGUCGUGCUGGACGAACCGUGCAGCAGCGUGGACACGAAGGCACGAAAGUACAUUUGGGAGCUGAUACAGACACUGCGUCGCGAUCGAGCAGUCAUUCUGGCGACGCACCAUUUGGACGAAGCAGAGUGUUUGAGCGAUAAAAUCGUAGUGCUCGAAGACGGUAAAGCGAUCUUGGAGCAGUCACACGAGGAGCUAAAGAAACGGUUCACCAACACGAUCUAUCUGGCGAUCACAUUGAAGCCACAGCCGGAUGCCGACCGUACCGCGCUGAUUGCGGCGCUUGGCAAGGUGCUCGACGGAUUGGCGGACUUGCGCCACGAAAUGACCGCCACCCUCAACAAGCUAAACUACAAAAUAGCAUCCUCCACGAACGACAACCAGCUGCUAAACAUUGAGCCUCUGUUGGAUCAUCUGGCGCAGCUCAAAUCCAGUAAACAGAUCGAGACGUUCGAAUUGCGUAACGAGAAUUUGCUCAACAUUUUCAACACCGUCAACGCUGGCGAUUCGCUGCUGCUGCAAGCGAACGGCAACAAUGGAACCGCGCUCCCAUCGAACGGGUUCCAUGGUCCCAAAACGAGUCAGACAACCCUCGGCACGGUGCCGAUCAUGGUGACGCUGUUCCGCAAGCGAUUGCUGCACUUUCUGCGGAACUAUCGGCUGCUAGUGUGUUUGCUGGUGCUGCCGACGAUCUUCGAAAUCAUUGCCAUGGGCUUCAUGACGAUCAGGCCGCCGGGUGAGUACGAUCGGAUGGUUAACUUUUCGAACGCCCUCUAUCCCGGUGCGAUCGAGUUCUACACCAACGCGAGCGAUACCGACCCCUACCGGGAAGCGAUCGUUGGCGAUCUUCUGGAGCAUUGCGACGGUAACGAUGACCAGUGUUCCGUGUUCGAUUCCUCACUCGACGCGUACCGUUGGCUACUAUCGACGAGUGAUCAGUACGCCGAGCGACGCUACGGGGGCAUAACGAUAAAUCGCGAGAAGAACGUUGUGUGGUACAACAACAAAGGCUACCAUUCCAUGCCGACGUGGCUGAAUGUGCUCGACACGGCCGUUCUACGGGCGGAGAUAGACGAUCCCAGUGCGGUCAUUCGCACCGUGAACCAUCCGUUGAAGAUCGAAGAGGAUGAUCUAUCGAUAUCGUCAAUGCUCCAACAGAUUGCCGAUGCGGGCAUAUCGCUAAUCCUACUGCUGGCCUUCAGUCUAGUCGUAGCAGGAGCGUCAGUGUACAUCGUCAGUGAGCGUAUCCGAGGCGAAAAGUUACAGCAGCGGUUAGCGGGAGUCAAUGUCCUCACCUACUGGACCGUAACGUACAUCUGGGACGCAUUGAUCUUCCUGAUCGCCGUCGCUCUGGCAGUGAUCGUAUUCAAAACCUUCGCCAUACCAGCAUACGUUGCGCGGGAACAGCUGGACGGGAUUUGUUUGCUGCUGCUGUUCUACGGAUUCGCCACCAUUCCGGCGGUGCACCUGUUCGAGAAGCUGUUUACCGACGCGAGCUUCGCCAACAUGUCGCUCUUCUGUCUGAAUGUGAUCACGGCGCUCGGUACCCUCACGAUCAUCAUCCUGUUCGAUGUGCUUGGCAACAGUGACGAAUCGGAACGCGUUCGCCACUUCCUGAACCGUGCAUUCUUGGUGUUACCCCAACAUGCCCUGGCCGACGGACUGAUCGAGUUGUCGAAGAACUACAUCACGGCGGAAAUCUUCAAGCGGUACUACAUCGACUCAUACAAAUCCCCGCUCAAGAGCGAUUUGCUACAGCCGCAUCUGAUUGCGCUCGUCACGAUGGGAGUAAUCUUUGCGCUGCUCAACGUGGCUAUCGAGUACAAAUGGAUCCAGCGACUGGCAAAGCGUGCCUGCACCGGAGGCGGGCAAGCCCAAGUGUACCAGCUGAACGGUGUCGAAACGGAAGAUCACAGUGGCGGCAGCAAAAAGAAAUCGCUCACCGCCGAUCAGAUCCUAUCGGUGGAUCGGCUGAGAAAGCGGUACGGUGGUUGGUGUGGCGAUGGCCAGGAGGUAGUGAAGAACGUCUCCUUCAAGCUGCACUACGGCGAAUGCUUUGGGCUGCUCGGUACGAACGGUGCAGGGAAGUCGACCAUCUUUGCGAUCCUCUCCGGCGAACUGCUUCCCUCGGGUGGAAGCUUCACUUUCUACAGCAACCACGGUCCCUCGUACUGUCCGCAGAGCAACUUUCUCGACCCACUGCUCACGGUGGAGGAGGUGAUCGAGUUCUACGGCAGACUACGCAACAUUGAGUCGAUUGACAAGCUGAUCACGGAAACUCUCCACGAGUACCAUCUGAGCGUGUACCGGAAGGUGCUGGUCAAAAAUCUAAGUGGUGGGAACCGCCGCAAGUUGUGCGUGGCCGUUGCCUGCUUCGGCCAGUCGGAAAUCAUUCUAAUGGACGAACCGACUAGCGACCUGGAUCCGGUGACGCGCUCGAUUGUCUACAGCACGAUCGAGCGGUUAAACGCUCAGAACCGCUCGAUUCUGCUCACGUCGCACAGUAUUUCGGAGAUCGAUCGCAUCUGCCAGCGGAUCGCGAUCCUGAAGGACGGCGAGCUGCUGACGAUCGACACUCCGGGCAGGCUAAAGAAACGGUUCGGCCACUGCUAUCAGGUGACGCUUUAUCUGGAGGGUGCGCGAGAGGUCGAUUUUCUCAGGGUCAUCAAACGUGAGUUCAAUGUUUCGCGCGACAUCUUGCUGCACAACAACUCGGUACAGUUCGUGUGCCAGGUACGUCCGGAAGGUGGGAUGAUCACGGCUCGGGAAGAGAACGGCAAAACGCACAAAAAUGGCCACGUCACGAUAGUGCUGGACGAGAACGGUACCGGUAGUGCAACGGCGAGCUCCCGUUCAGGGACGGCUGGUGAACUGUUCCUCAAACUGCACCGAUUUGCCAAGGAAAACCAUCUACGAUACACCAUUUCACGGUGCCAAAUGGAUCAGAUUUUUGAAAACAUUCUUCAAAACCACGAGGAAGACCACGCCAACCCAGGAUACGUGGAUGGCUAACGGGCCGUCUGGGCAGUCCUGGAAAGUUUUCCCAGGUUCCCUAGGCACGGUUCCCUAAUCUGUAUAUAGGUACUGAUAGGUUUUAAAUUGGAAAUGUGAAUA